AUGUUCAGGAACAACUACGACAACGACUCGGUCACAUUCUCGCCCCAGGGCAGGAUAUUCCAGAUCGAGUAUGCCGCCGAGGCCGUCAAGCAGGGCUCCGUCGUUGUCGGCAUCGUCAGCAAAACACACGCCGUCCUGGUCGCCGUCAAGCGCAACGCCGAGGAGCUCUCCUCGUACCAGAAGAAGCUCUUCUCCGUCGACGAGCACGCCGGCAUCGCCAUCGCCGGCCUCACCUCGGACGCCCGCGUCCUCUCCAACUUUAUGAAGCAGCAGUGCCUCGGCCACCGCAUGACCUACGGCCGCUCGAUGCCGCUGCGCGCCCUCGUCGACCUCAUCGGCGAGAAGGCCCAGAUCAACACGCAGAUGUACGGCAAGCGGCCCUACGGCGUCGGCCUGCUCGUCGCCGGCGUCGACGAGACGGGGCCCCACCUCUUCGAGUUCCAGCCCUCGGGCAUGACCGAGGAGAUGUCCGCCUUUGCCAUCGGCGCCCGCUCCCAGAUGGCCCGCACCUACCUCGAGCGCAACGUCGACGCCUUUGCCGCCUGCAGCCGCGACGACCUCGUGCGCCACGGCCUGCGCGCCCUGCGCGAGAGCCUCGUCCAGGACCGCGAGCUGACCGUCGAGAACACGAGCAUCGCCACCGUCGGCUUUGCCGACGGCAAGAAGCAGCUCGAGCCCUUCCAGGUGCUCGACGGCCAGGACGUCAAGGUGUGGAUCGACGCUGCGGCCGCGCCAGCCGAGGGCGAGGGUGACGGUGAGGGUGAAGGCGAGGGCGACGGGGACCGCAUGACGGUGGACGAGUAG